AUGCCUAUCAAAUGGACUCCCGAGGUGGACCAACUUCUACUCCUGAAGAUCCUGGAGACUCAUGACCUCACUGUUGAUCCUAAGAAGGUUUCAGAUGCAUGGCCAAAGAGCAAUCCAAAUGCAAUUCCAACGCCACGCGCGAUCUCAGAACGGCUGUUUCGCAUGAAGAAGGUUGUGAAAGACAACGCAAAUUUCACCGAGAGUCCCGGUCAAGAAACGCCCAAAAAAACCCCGACACCCAAGAGGCGUAAGCGCAAUGAUUCUGAGACGCCAUCCUCGAAGCGCUCCCGUGUUAAAAAGGAGCCUAAAUUAGAACUAGCCAGCUCCCCUCUUGGGAACCAUGGAGAUAUGGGGGCCGUUAAGGAAGAACCUUACGACUUUGAAUAUCAACCAGAUAACAUUGACUACUUGCGUGACGAAGACACAAAUGUGAAAUGCGAUGACUACGCAUAA